AAAUGUCCUUUCCCACAAAGUCCAAUACCCAAUCCACUUGCUUUGCGUAAAGCAUAAGAUAACAGAAGCGAAAAGCAAGUCUUUUCGUCAAUUCCUUUCCUUUGGUUUCAUCGCCAUUUUUGCUUUAGAUUUUAAUUUCUCUGUUUUGAGAGACCAUAAACUAAAGCGAUCAUGGAAUCCGGAUUUAUGGAAACAUAGGGAACCACUCAGUCGAUUCGAUCAAGAAAGUGGCAAAAACUAGAUUCUAGGAGAAAAUGUCUUGUUUUCCUGAGAUCUUGAAGUGUAUUCUGUGUUGUGAAGACGAGGAUAUUGGGAUUAUUGAUAACCGAACUUCUUCCAGAGAUGCUUUUAGUCGAACUUACAACACUUUUCAUCGUAGUUCCUCCAUAGGUGAAUCGUAUCGUAGUUCCCAAACUUGGAGUUACCCAACAUCAUCCCUAAGCUCAUCACCCGGAAAUGAGUGGCUAUAUAACAUUCAUUCAUCUACAACUUCAACCAAACCAUCUCAGUCCUCGGUUAAGCCGGUUCUAUAUCCUCCUAGUCCGCUGCCAUCAUUUAAAACGUCAUUCACGGCCCAAAAACCAUCUCCAUCACCUAAAGGACUGACACCACCUAAAUCAACCACACCGUCUCCGAAACCCUCUUCCUCGUCUUCUAAGCCAUGUCCAUCCCUUAAGCCAACUCUAUCGGAACUAGGGAAAGGAACGUACAAAGCAGUCUAUCCAAAGGAUGCGUUACCGAUUUACAUGAUUCCGAAGGAUAUCGAGGAUUUAAUCAAGAGAGACAUUGUGCCUGAAGUUUUGGGAUUGACAUCACCUAAACCAACCACACCGUCUCCGAAACCCUCUUCAUCGUCUUUUAAGCCAAGUCCAUCCCUUAAGCCAACUCUAUCGGAACUAGGGAAAGGAAAGUACAAAACACUCAAUCCAGAGGAUACAUUACCGAUUAAGCCGGUUCUAUAUCCUCCUAGUCCGCUGCCAUCAUUUAAAACAUCAUUCACGGCCCAAAAACCAUCUCCAUCACCUAAAGGACUGACACCACCUAAAUCAACCACACCAUCUCUGAAACCCUCUUCAUCGUCUUGUAAGCCAAGUCCAUCCCUUAAGCCAACUCUAUCGGAACUAGGGAAAGGAAAGUACAAAACAGUCGAUCCAAAGGAUAUGUUACCGAUUUACAUGAUUCCGAAGGAUAUCGAGGAUUUAAUCAAGAGAGACACUGUGCCUGAAAUUUUGAAGAAGCCAUUGUCUGCCUCUUCAUAUCAGGAUUUCUUUGCAGCCCUUCUAUAUGCUGAGGAUUCCUAUAUUGAGAAAUGGAGCAGUUUUGCGUUGGAGAAUGUAUCCAUGGAGUUCCAUUCAGCAACAAUCUCUCAAAAGUCGGGAGAAAACAAGCAUUUGAAAGCAAGUAAAAAGAUGGAUGAUAAAAGUUUUGCAGUAUUUAAGGUGGAUUCUCUUUCUAAGGCACGACCAUUUCUUCUGUCAAGGGACUUCGUCUUUGCAAAACGUGUAGGCAAAGAAACCAAACCAUUUCAGGGUGUUAUAUAUCGGGUUGUGAAGAGCACGUCCAUACUAGUCGAAUUCGGAGAGGAGUUUCAUUCUCAGCAUGAUUCAACCUGCAGAUAUAAUAUUAGUUUCUCGUUUAACAGAGUAUGUUUGAAAAGGGCUCACCAAGCGAUCGCAGCAGUGUCUGCUUCAUUAAUAGGAAAGUUCCUUUUCCCUAAUUCUUUCUCCCUACAUCCCAUGCAUAACUCGGAAUAUUAUAAUCUUUAUGACCAUAAUCUCAAUCUAGAUGAAAAGUCUGCAGUUCAUCGUAUUUUGAACAUCCGAGGCCCUCCACCAUUUCUAGUAAAGGGUCCUCUCUGUGCAACUUUCAACGGUAAUUCCGAAUCCAUUUCAGAGCAACUUUCAAGAACUGGACUAGUUGUUAAAGAAGCAGUGCUGCAAACUUAUCUACGUCACCCGCAAUCUAAAAUCCUUGUCUGCGCACCUAUAAAUAGGACAUGUGAUGUGCUAACGAGAAGCUUGAAAAAAGACAUUCCAGCUUCUGAUAUCUUCAGAGCCAAUGCUGCAUUCAGGGAGAUAGAGGGGGUUCCUAUCGAUAUUCUUCCGUCUUGCCUUUACAAAUGGGAUGCCGAAUGUUUCAGUUGUCCUUCGCUCCAUAAACUAAGGGAAUUCCGAGUCAUAUUUUCAACUUUUGCAAGUAGUUAUCGGCUGUACAAUGCCGGCAUAUCUGCCGGACAUUUUAGCCAUAUCUUUUUGGUGGAUGCUUCUUCAGCUACUGAACCAGAGACACUGGUGGCUUUCGCUAACUUUGCUGAUGACAGUACAACCGUGAUAGUUACCGGUGCACCCGGAAAUCGUUCAAGCACUGUCCGUUCAGAUAUUGCUAGGCAAAAGGGAUUGAGAAUAUCAUACUUCGAAAGGCUUUACAAGCUUAGUCCAUUCAAGAAUGAUGAUCCAAUGUUCAUUGCACAGCUUAAGGACCGAUCACUUUAGGGCUAUUGCUAGGCAGAAGGGAUUGAGAAUAUCAUACUUCGAAAGGCUUUGCAAGCUUAGUCCAUUCAAGAAUGAUGAUCCAAUGUUCGUUGCACAGCUUAAGGACCGAUCACUUUAGGGCUGUAAAUGAACAAAGUGUUCAAUUAACAAUUCAUGAACAAGCUUGUUCAGUUAUUCUCAUUAAUAAGCUCAUUUAUGUUCAUUUAAAACUCAAUUAAAACUCUUUUAUUGUAUAUUAAUAAAUUUGUUUUAUUGUUUGAGUGUUUA